AUUAUUUUAAGAGUUAUGGCUUUGUUGAUCAUUAUUCAACAUCGUUAUCAUUCAUGUAGGCGAUAAAGACCACAGGCGAAAACUGUAUAUUAAGUAAGCAAAGUAAACAUGUGGAGCAAUUAUUCCACCCAUAGGCAUACCAUGGACGAUUAAAGGUAACAAAUUAUAAAUGGGAACAUGAAAAACCAAUUUCUCUUUAUAUUCAAUAAUUUUAUCUUUAAUUUAUAACAUUAGUAAUCCUAUUGUGUCGUAAUUUUCUGGAAUUAUAGUAUCUUAAUCACUUGGAAAAGGUCCACGUAAACUCGCCAAUUCAACUGACGCCUUUUUUCGAGUUUAUUAAAUUAUCUAACACCUUGCUCGAAGGAACUGACACUUCGGCACUUUUUAAUAACGAGACUUUCAAUUACGGCUACUCACAGUUGGGAAAUUUAAUUUCUUGCCAACAAAUUGGUUGUUUUUUUACCAUUUGAAGUGUCUUAGACGGUUGAUUGAUUGGUUGGUAAGAUAGGCAAUAUCUAUAUGUCAAGCCAUAAGGCGUUUGACAAGAACAUGUUGGGCAAUAGAAAAGAUUUUCGUACAAGCUGCAUUUCACCUCAACCCACCAACUGAUAGGAUUCCUUUCUGCAUGAGGAUGUUAGAGAUAAUAGUCAUUGUGGUCUUUGAGACUUAAACGAAGAACUUGACCGCAGUUUCAGUGCUCCAAGAAAAUCGAGGACCGGCCAAAAGUGUUUACAUUAGCGCAUCAUUAGAACCGACGACUCAAGAGCCGAGUUUAAAAACGUCAGGGCUAGUACUAACACAGUAGUACUUCGGCCGGGUGAAAAUCAAGUAGGCAUUAAAAAACGAUCAGCGAAGAGCAAGCAGUAUCUAUUCGAUUGGUGCAGCUGUAUUUUCGCGGCAAAUUUUUUUUAGUCAAAGUGGUUUAGAAGGAUGGAGAAUAAUACGAGCAAAAUUGAAGAGACAGACGAAAUGGAAGAAGACCAUGACGAGUCUGCUAAAGGAUUUGAGGCAGUUGUUGAUACUUUUCCAAUCAUUCUUGCCGUCUUUAUUAUCAUCGCUAACAGUUUGGGUCUAGUUUUGUUCGCGAGAAAUCGACGGUUAAGAACCAUCACCAACACAUUCCUGGUGAGUUUGGCGAUUUCCGACUUGCUGACGGGUUUGUUUGGCAUCCCUUUUUAUCUGAUCUGCUCUGCCGUUACUCAGCAAGACUAUUGCCGUACAGCUAUGCUCUGUUGGCGAUUUACAAGUACAUCAACUGUGUUACACCUGUUAGCAGUGACGCUGGAUCGUUACGCCGCCAUUGUCCAUGCAAUACGGUACCAUACGAUAGUCACUCGCACCGUGGCCAAAACAACCAUCUUGAUGAUCUGGCUUACUUCGUUCUUCGUCUCGCUUAUUCAACUUUCCUGGCAGCCUAACGACGAAGAGCUUUCAGAGAUGUCAGAUGAAGAAAUGGAACAAGCCUGGGAAACAUAUAAGCGCAAAACAUCUAUCUACCUCGUCAGCACGUUGCUAAUAUUCUUCCUUCUACCGCUGAUGGUCAUGGUAUAUUCGUACGUUCGUAUUAUAAUCAUCGUGCGAUACCACGAAAAACAGAUGAAGAAACACAACAUGCCUUCUACACGUGGCGUCGGUGAACCACUGCAGAAAAAGAACAGCUCCUUCAACAUUCAGGCCCAAUGGAAAUCAGCCAUCGUUUUCUUGGUCAUGAUCUUGGUUUAUGUUAUUUGCUGGCUGCCAUUUUUUCUUUAUAGUCUGCGAGAACAACUAGAUCUGUUCCGUUUGCCACACUGGGCUGAGUACGUCUUCUUCUACUACCCAAGAUUUGUGACGUCCUUGUCCAAUCCACUGUUCUAUAUCAUUGGCAAGCACGACUUCCGAAAAGCUCUCUGCCCGAAGAAACAGAACCACAACGGGACACAGAUGACAUCUUUGAUUGGUCGUGGGGAGCAAAGGUGAUAAAAGAUGCCCGCCUUUGGUUGUAAUGAUCCGUAAUUCAACCCUAAAGUAAUACACUAACAAAAACUGAAGACCGAAAUAUUUCUAGCUUAUCCGCUAACCUUUAUCUCGUGGAAAUGAAGAAAAUAAUAGGAAAAAAGGGAAGAAUAAAACAUACAAGAGAGCAAAACAUCGGAAUAGAUUAGAUGGAACUAAAAGAAACAAAAAUUACAAUCGUACUUAUACAUAUGUACUCAAAUGUAUGAUCGAAAUUAACUCGGUUAUAGUCUUAGUAACACUCAUCAAUCGAAACAGGAUACAAACGCUGAAAAUUGUAAAUAACAUUUGGAAUUAAAGUGAACAUCAACACAAAA